UUGGAUCUCAGUUUCCCCAUCUGGCUCCACCUCCUGGGUUUGCAAAGACGCUGUAGUGAGUUCUGUGCUCAGGAUGGUCCUGCGCCAACCAAGACUGUGUUGGCUAUUUCUUUUCAUACUUUCUGCUCCUUUUCGCUGCUUAAAAGGCCUCCUGUGACUCUAGGCAAAUAACUAUCCUCUUGGCUGUAAGGUUUUACAGUUCUGUGUUUAUAUUUGCGUUUGCUUUGGGGGGUGGGGAGGGGGAGUGGUUCAGAGCCCACCAGGCAGCCUCACCCUUAUGAUGUCUCCACAGCAUGACCAACGGCGGCAAGACCACCCUGACCAACAGCCUGCUCAAGGUGCUGCCCAACUGCUGUGUGAUCCACCAGGAUGACUUUUUCAAGCCCCAAGACCAAAUCGCCGUUGGGGAGGACGGCUUCAAGCAGUGGGAUGUUCUGGAGUCCCUGGACAUGGAGGCCAUGCUGAGCACCGUGCAGGCCUGGAUGAGCAACCCCCAGAAGUUCGCCCGUGCCCACGGGGUCAGCGUCCAGCCGGACGCCUUGGACACCCACAUCCUCAUUCUGGAGGGCUUCCUGCUGUACAGCUACAAGCCCCUGGUGGACUUAUUCAGCCGACGGUACUUCCUGACCGUCCCCUACGAAGAGUGCAAGUGGAGGAGGAGUACUCGAAGCUACAAGGUCCCCGAUCCCCCCGGCCUCUUUGAUGGCCACGUGUGGCCCAUGUACCAGAAGUAUAAGCAAGAGAUGGAGGCCAACGGCGUGGAAGUAGUGUACCUGGAUGGCAUGAAGUCCCGUGAGGACCUCUUCCACCAGGUCCGGGAGGACAUCCAGAACUCGCUCCUGAACCACUCCUAGUGGCUGGGGGAUGAGGGGGGCCCGACCCCGGACUGGAGAGACACACAUACAAUUCCGGCCACAGUACGGCCAGGCUGGCGGCGUCCCAGCAAGAUACCGCACGACCAUUUCCCUUGGUGGAUGUCUGUACAUAUGAGAGUGGAGGCCCCACUCACAGCCCAGCAUCUCAGGGCCCUGGGAUCCCGCCCUGAGAUGCCUCUGUAACCUCACAGCAGCUUAAGUAUUAAACCUGAUCCUAUUUUUUGUAA